AUGAUUCGCACAGAUGAAUUUUACCGUGAGGGUUACAGCGUUGAAAUACUUAAUGUUUUGGAACGGGAAUUUAGCCAAAACCAAUAUAUCAAUCGCAUUGAUAUGGAGCGAACUGUAAAUGAAACCAGCCUGACUAGUCGUCAGGUUAAGUACUGGUUUCAGAACCGUAGAGUGAGAGAAAAAAAACUGAUGAGACGACUUUUAUCCGAGUGA